AUGAGUGACGACAUCGACAAGCAUGUGCUCAAGCGCUACGAGAUCGCCACCAAGCUUGGCAAGGGUGCGUAUGGCAUCGUGUGGAAGGCCCUCGAUAAGAAGAACGGGAAUGAUGUGGCUCUCAAGAAGAUCUUCGAUGCCUUUCAGAACGCCACCGAUGCUCAGCGCACCUUCAGGCCAGAUCUGGAAGGUGGUGGAGCCUCAAAGAUGCCAAACAGGGAGAUCAUGUUCUUACAAGAGUUGGGCGGACACGAGAACAUCAUCAAGUUGCUCAAGGUGAUCAAAGCCGACAAUGACCGUGAUAUCUACCUGGUCUUCGAGUACAUGGAGACUGACUUGCAUGAGGUCAUUCGAGCAAAGAUUCUUGAAGACGUCCACAAGCAGUACAUCAUCUACCAACUCCUCAAGGCCCUCAAGUACAUGCACUCUGGCGACGUCCUGCACAGAGACAUGAAGCCGAGCAAUCUGCUGUUGAACUCGGAGUGUCUGAUGAAGGUGGCCGACUUUGGGCUGGCGCGAUCUAUCGCGGCGCUGGAGAACGAAGAUGUGGAGAACCCCGUCCUCACCGACUACGUGGCGACCCGCUGGUACCGAGCGCCAGAGAUCCUCCUCGGCUCUCAGCGGUACACGAAGGGGGUGGACAUGUGGUCGAUCGGCUGUAUUCUAGGCGAGCUGCUGGGAGGCAAGCCCAUGUUCCCUGGCACGUCCACCAUGAACCAGCUCGACCGCAUCAUCGAGGUCACCGGCCGGCCCACCUCGGAGGACAUCGAGGCUAUCAAGUCCCCUUUCGCCGCCAACAUGCUGGAGAGCUUGCCCCCCUCCCAGCCCCGCUCGCUGUCGGACAUAUACCCGACGGCCCCUGAUGAGGCGCUGAGCCUCCUCAGGCGUCUGCUGCAGUUCAGCCCCGACAAGCGGAUCAGCGCCGAGGAGUUCCACGACCGCGAGGAGCCGACGUGCCCGCACACGAUCAAGAUCUCGAUCGACGACAACAAGAAGUGCGGCACCACGGAGUACAGGAACGAGCUCUACGCGGACAUCAAGAAAAAGAAGAAGGAACAGAAGAAGGCGUCCAAGAAGAAGCGAGAGAAGAAGAAGGGUGCCAAGAAGAGGCGAGAAAAGAAAGAGAAGGAUUAA